UUGUCGACCGCGGAGUAUACGAUGACGAAAUUGUGAUUAAAAACAUAUGUUAAUACCAAAUAAGUAAAUACAUUUAUAAAUGUGUUUCUUAAAUCUAAUGUCGACAUCAAUUUUAAACCAAUUUUAUCCUAUUUACUACUGUCUUUUAACAUUUCUUCCUACGUAAUUGGAGAAGAUUGCAAAUCAAAAAUGAGCGAGGAAGAAACAAGUCAGAAUCUUUCUCUGCAGAAAGUUUUAUUACCUGGUCAUGAUCCUGGAUGGAAUGAUCCUCCAAAAUGGGCAUACUCUACUUCACAAAGUAGUUCUGUAACUCCUACUAAGAGAGUAUUAAAUAAGAGAGUGGCAUUUCCUAUGUCUUCUGUAAAAACUAUAGAUAAAGAAUCUUCUGCAAAAAAACCACUAAACAUGCCACCGCCAAUGCAAUCUUCUAUUAGUUUAACAACAGCAUCUCAUCCCCCAUUGUUAUGUCCUUCAAACAAAAAUACAGAAGAAAAUAUGACUGAUAUAAUGAUCGAUAAACAGGUGACACUAAACAUUGUUUUGAAAAAUUUGGAAUCUGUGAUUAAUGAACAUAUAUUGGAAAAAAGUAGAACUGAAGAGCUAAGGAAGAGAUUAGAUUUAUUAAAGGCAGUAUGGCUUGAAGAUAAAUUAAAUAAUACAAUAUAUAAAAAUGUUUUAGAUUUAUCUACAGCUUUACGAGAGGGAGAUAUUGAAAAAGCUGAUGAAAUACAUGUUUCACUAAUGAUGCAACAUGCUAAUUUGUGUAGCACAUGGAUUCCUGGAAUCCGACACAUUAUUUUGGAAUUAAAAACUAAAACGAAAAAUCUGGAUGCAACGCAACUUCAAAGCUCAGAAUUACAUUUAUUAUCAACUAGAGAAAAUGAAUAAAUGAAGAUUCUUUGAGCAUAAA